AUGGUCCGUCUCCCCGUCGCCACCCUGAUCCUGCUCCCAUUGCUCGCUCACACUGCCGCCGCAUUCUGGAACCCAUUCUCGUCGGAAUUGCCAUGCGCCUCAUGUGACAGCCCGAUCGUAAUAAAGCCACAUGGCGCCGUUUCUGGCAACAUUACUUUUAAGGUGGACCUCGACUCCAACGGGUGCAUGCAAAACACGCUGACCUGUAGAGCAAAUGACUCCGACUCGCCAGCGAUCAUUGAGUUCAACCACGGCUCGGGAGGGAUUCUUCAGGGAUUGGAUGAGAUCUCCGUUACGCUGCUGUGCAAUAAGGACUCGACAUGGACCGCAAUCGCUCACGAGCAGGCCUUGGAUGUGAUCAGUCUCAGCUGCGACUCAGCG